AUGGGUUUGUUAGAAUUAUGUGAAAAGUAUUAUAAUACUAGAAAUCUGUAUGAAGUGCUUCAAAUUUCGGAAAAUGCUUCAGAGAAUGAAGUUAAGAAGGCCUAUCACAAAUUAUCACUCAAAGUUCAUCCAGAUAGGGUAAAUGAAGAAGAGAAACUAGAAGCAACUGAAAAAUUUAAAGUUCUUGGUGCAGUGCAUGCUAUUUUAAGUGAUAAAGAGAAAAGAGAGCUUUAUAGCUCAACUGACUGUGUUGAUGAUGAUGAUUACACUGUUAUUGAUGAUAGAGAUUGGACAGUCUACUGGAGAUUCCUGUUUAAAAAAAUCACCGAAGAAGAUAUUGCAGCUUAUGAAAAAGAAUAUAUAGGUUCUGAAGAAGAAAAAAAAGACUUAAAAAAUGCAUAUAUUGCUGGAAAGGGUGAUAUGGACUAUAUUGUUGAUCAUGUUCAAUUUGCAAGAUCAGAACAAGAACCAAGACUGCGAGGCAUCUUAACUGAAAUGAUUGAUCAAGGUGAAAUCCCAGCCUAUAAAAUAUUUACACAUGAACCAGCAAAAAAGCGUAAGAGAAGACAUGCUAAAGAAAAUUACGAAGCCAAAGAAGCAGAGCAAUUAAAGGAAGAUCUUGGAAUGAAUUCAGGUGAAAACAGUCUGGAGCUUAUGAUAAAACAAAAGCUAGAAUCCAGGUCAAAACAAAUGGAUUCCUUCCUUGACGAUCUGGCAACUAAAUAUGGUGGCAGUAAGCCGAGAGCUUCAAAACGAAAAGCUACUGCCAAGGAAACUGGGUCAAAGAAACGCAGGAAGUGA